UUGGUAGGAACUUGAGAAACGUCAACCAUAAGCAUUAAAUUUCCAGUGAUCACAAAUUAUUUUAUAUUACGUCACCGCGGCCGAAUAUACUCCAGAGCGACAAAUAUCCACAGUUCGAAUCUUCUUUCGGAAAAUGAAGUGGUUCGAAGGAAGUAUCAACGAGGCUGUAGCAACCUCGAAGUUCAGGAAAGCAAUUUUCGUCGUAUUCGUCGAGGGAAAGGAUGAUACCUCCGUUCAAGUCGCUAAUGCUAUCAGUGCUGAUGAGGUAUCAUCACGUUUACAACAGGAUGAUUUUGUUGCUAUAAGACUCGAAAGUGGCUCCGACACCUAUAGGUUCUUUGCACAAAUUUAUCAAUUGGUACCAGUACCAUCUUUGUUUUUUAUUGGAGAAAAUGGCAGUCCAUUAGAAAUUGUUGCUGGUAACACAACAGCCUCUGAAUUGUUGAUAAAAAUUGAUGGAGUACUGGCAAAAGUAGGUAAAGGAACUAAGAAUUCGUCGACUAACUUAAUACAGGUUGAACAGAAAAUUGCAAGUGCUACAAAUGCUACUAAGACUCCAGAUACUAAUGCAUCUUCAAGCUCUGAAACAGAGACUUUGCAAGAACAAGUUAACCCCGAAUCUAAGACUGAAAGUAAUAGCAAUAGUCCAACCCCCAAUGAAAGUAUACCACCAGAGACAACGGGCAGCACAGAAAAAGUUCAGGAACCUACAACGAGCACUUCUGAAACUGCAAUAAAAGAUGCAGCACUGUCAGCAGAAGAAAGGGUGGAAAGGGCACGACAGUUAAUUGAACUGCAAAAGAAGCAACGUGAAGAGGAAGAAAAGCGCAAGGAACGCGAACGGGAGCUGGAACGUCGUAGAAUGGGCCGUGACGUUCAAAAGAUGCGUCAAAAGCAACAAGAUUUGGAAAUCAAGCAAGCGCAUGAAGAGAGGAUGCGAGAGAAAGCUGCAGAGACAGCUGCGAGAGAGAAAGUGAAGCAGCAAAUCGCUCAGGAUAAAUUGGAACGCAAGCACAAAGAAUUGGCACUUCAGCAACAAGUUGCACAGCAACAACAAAACCAGGAGCAACCCAAGCCACGUACAGUAAUACCCAGUGAUGCUAGCAUAGCGAGGAUCCAGUUCAGGUUGCCUACAGGGAAACCACAUAUGGGCCAGUUUGAGGCAUCUAGUACUUUGGGAGCAUUAAGAACUUACGUUGUGCAAAACAUAGAACUGCCAUUCACACAUUUUGCAAUGUCUACAACAUUUCCCAGGAGAGACCUCAUAAACCAGGAUGACAAUAAAACUCUCUUGGAACUGGAAUUGGUCCCCACUGCCGUCAUUUUAAUUCUACCCUUGAGAAACGCAAACAUCACAUCCGCUAUAACAACCACCCAAGAUGUCGGCUUCUUUUCCCGCUUCAUGUGGGGCAUCUUUGCGCCCAUCAUUAGCAUAUAUAAUUACGUACUAGGUUACUUCUCAGGAAGACCUCGUAGAAACCCUGAGAGACAAAAUAAUACUCCUAGCACCAGUGGAACUACUACCAAUAUUGACAGAUCACCUACCACUCAACCUCAAUCGUCUGGGCUUACCAGGAGGAAUAUAGACAGCCAAGGUACUACGACUAUUCGCGCCCAGGGUAACAUUCACAGACUACAUUCUGGAGGUGAUGACAACGACGAAAACAACACCUGGAAUGGGAAUUCCACGCAGCAGAUGUGAAGCAUUAAAAAGUGAAAAAUUAAAACGGAAACAUUGUCCAGAGAUUCAAAAAAAUCCUGCUUAUCAAAAAGCGUCUAAAAAUUGAAAAUGUCUUACGCUCAAUAUAAUUCAUCUCGGACGAUGCCUGGCACUGGACUGUGCAAAUUUUGUUAAAAAGAAUUUGAUCUUGGGCGUGAAGAAAAGGGAUCAUUGGAAACAUUUCCAUGAUAAUUAAAAAAUUCUGUAUGACCUUUACGAACCUCAAAAUUGAUCAAAUAUACAUUUACCACUAUCACUUAUCCGAUAAAAUAUUCUAAUCCACAUAAAUAAACACUACAGUUACACGAUUUUGAUUUAA